CUCUGAGUAUUCGUUGCAGAGUAACGAAAUUCUAAAGCGAGCAAUCAUGGAUUCGAGUCCAGCGUCGAUGUGGAGCUCAAUAGUGAAGAAGGAUCCUCCGUCAAAGCCUCCGACCACCGACGUAGCUCCGGCGGCGAUUCUCGGCAUGGUCGGAAACUGCAAAUCCACAAAGGGGAUAUAAAUGGCGGUUGUUGACGCGAACGCCGUCAUCGACGGACGCCAGAGCUUAACCGACUUCGCCGACAAAUUCGUAACGGUCCCUGAAGUGCUCUCGGAGAUUCGUGACUCUGAUUCUCGCCGUCGUCUGGAGUUCAUCCCUUUCACGAUCGAAACCAUGGAACCAUCUCCCGAAUCUCUCAGUAAAGUUAUAAAAUUUGCUAAAGCUACUGGUGAUUUGCAUACACUCUCUGAUGUUGAUCUCAAGUUGAUUGCUUUGACAUACACGCUUGAGGCUGAGGUUCAUGGGACCAAGAAUCUCAGAGACGUUCCUCCGCCUAUUCAAACUGUUUGGGUAAAGAGAUUACCUGAGAAGGAGUUACCUGGCUGGGGCUCCAAUGUGGCUAACUUGGAGGAGUGGGAGGCACCUGAGAACGAGACUGAGGAGAAAUCAAACACUGCUUCCAAAAUCCUUCCGCUUAAAGACCUUAACAUGAACAUCCUUCCUUCCGACAGCUGUUCUGAGGUUGGUUCUGUUGUGUCUCAUACUGAGGAUGAUGAAGAAGGUGAGAGGAGGCAGAAGAGAUACCCGCCUAAGAAAACAGAGGUGAAGGUUGAGGGCAAGAUGGUUGUGGAAGGAGUAGAUGCAUCACAGGGCGAAAAUGAUGAUGAAGAUGGUGGUGAUUGGAGACCUGCGGUUAGUAGCAGUACUAACAGGAAGUUCCUUAGGAGAAAGGCCAAGUGGGAACAUUACAAUGCCUUGGCUGAGCAAGAAAUUCACAAAGAUCAAGAAGCUGCUAACUUUACCAAUGAUCAGAUGUCUGAUGACGCUGAGGACAAGUGUGGAAAAGAUAGCCGGAGAAUGAUGAGGAUCUUUCAUCCAUCCUAAAAGAUAUGAGGUUGGAGGAAGGGACUGAAGAGACGAAUUUGAGCAAUGGCGAGGACGAUGUUGAAGUGGAAGCUGAAGGGAUCGAUGUUGCUAGUGAGGCUGGGGAUAGAGAUAUCAAAUGGGCUGGGCAUGUCCAAAUGGACAGAGCAGUUAUUUUUUUGAAGUCCAAAUUGUUCAGACCAAAUUGGACCAUUCCAAAUGGACCUUCUGCAGAAUCCAAAUAGAUUUUCUUGCUAAGUCCAUAAAAACAUAAGGUUCGGACGUUUUUACACAUUAAGGUUUAUAUGUUUUACACAUCCAAA